AUCCCUGUGGUCACAGUUUGUGCUGUCUCACCUCCAGCACAGCAUGCAGAAUGAAAUGUCUGUCACAGAAUUCAUCCUCCUGGGGUUCUCCAGCAACCCAGCUCUGCGGCACUGCCUCUUUGGCAUUUUCUCUGUCCUCUACUCUGCCACUCUGAUGGGAAACACACUUGUCUUUGUGCUUAUCUGCCUGGACUACCGCCUCCACAGCCCCAGGUACUUCUUCUUCUGCUACCUCUCCAUCAUGGACAUCUGCUACGCCUCCAACAAUGUCCAUAUGCUGAGGAACCUCCUUGGACAAGGCAGAAUCAUCUCCUUUGCUGGGUGUGGGACAUAGAUACGUCUUUAUUUAAUUUUUGCACUUACACAGUGUGUACUGCUGGCCGUGACGUCUUACAAUCACUUUGUGGCAAUCUGCCAUCCCUUCUGCUAUGCUGUUAUCAUGAACUGGAGGGUGUGCCUCACCCUUAAUGCAGUUUCAUGGGCUUUUGGGUUCCUAUUUGGCACACUACAAGCCUCUCUGGCUUUACACCUGCCUUUCUGCAGCCCCUGCGAGGUUGACCACUUCUUCAGUGAAAUCCUUGCUGUCUUAAAGCUGGCCUGCAUUGACACUACUGCCAAUAAAGUCCUGAUCUUUGCUGUUUGUGUGUGCUUCCUCGUCUUUGCUUUAGCCUUAAUCCUAACUUCCUACCUACACAUCCUGUCCACCAUUCUGCACAUCAGCUCUGCGGCAGGAUGGAACAAAACCUUCUCCACCUGUGGCUUCCACCUGACAGUGGUGGGUCUGUUUUAUGGAAAUGCCAUCUUCAUGUACAUGGGGCCUGGGAGUG